AUGGAUACACCAAAAAUUAAUAGUUAUAAGCGAAGAGUAUCAGUUGUGGAUAAGUCUCAUGAAUUAAUAAAUUAUUUUAACAAUCAUAUGGAUAAACUUAAGAAGAUGUGGGAUGAAAUAGAUAUGAUAGAAGAAAUGAGAGUUGAAAGAACAACAACAUUUUAUGAGACUAUGAAAGAUGUCAUAGAUUUCAUGGUUAAUGAAGAAACAACAAAUUACAAUGAAGUUUUUGAAGAUUCAAGAAAAUUUUGGCAAGAAGUUAGUGAAACUCGAACAGCUUUAGGUAUGGAUCAGUAUGAUAUUGGAAAUUUACGUCCUAAUACCAUUGCAUAUUGUAAAAACUUAAAGAAAGAAAUUGAAAAUUUGGCAAUAGAAAGGGAAAAAUUGAUUGAAAAACAGAUUGAAACUUUUAAUUCUGUUGAAGUUCUAUGUCAUAAAUUAUCACUUCCUGUAUCAAAUAUGGCACAGAAAGGUUCUUUACUUAAUCCAGAAAGAUGGAAUGAACUUCAAGAGGAAUAUUCAUCUUUAUCUAAUUUAUUUGAAAAACGUAAAAAGGAAUUUUUGAGUGCAAGAGAAAAUAUUAUGAAAUUGAAAGGAUACAUGAAAAGACUUUGUUCACAACGAGAGACUACUAUGUUAACAAUUGAUGUUGAUGGAGAUAAUUUUGUCUGCUCAGAGGAAUUUUUGAGUGAAGUUAAGUUUGUUUUGGAAGAGACUCAGGUUGAGUAUGAUGAAUGGAAACGUGAAAGAAUAACUCUUUACAAUGAUGCUGUUAAUCAAUUACGUUCUUUAUACGAAAAAUGUUCUGUUCCUGAUUUAAACAGACUUUUUCCAGAUGAUUUUAUUCCUGAUUUUGUUGAUGAUAGCAGCAUGGAUAAAAUCCAAGAUGAGAUAGCAGAAUAUGACUCAAAAUAUCAACGUUUUAAGGAGUUGUAUGAUGCAUAUUAUAAUUGGUCAAUUGCAUGGAAUGAUCACUUACAAGUAGAGGCUGAUCUUGCUGAUCCAAAUGUUUAUAAGAAUCGUGCUGGACAUAUUCAACAAGUUCUGACUUUACAAAAAGAUGCAGAUAAAAGAUUGAAAUUGUAUAUGAAAAAAUUGGAAUCAUUAAAUGAUCCAACUAUUAAAAUUAACGGAUUAACUUUGUAUGAAAAUGCUCUUCAAAUUGUUGAAGAUAACAAAAAACAAAAGGAGAUUGAGAGGCAAUGGAAACUAGAACAAAAGAAGGAAAAUAUAAAGAUGGAAGCAUUAUAUGGAACAAAGUCUCCACGCUCAUUAAAAAAGACACCACGUCACGGUACAACGCUUGCUCGGCAAUCAUUGUUUGAUAUCUCUGGCAUUAGUACAAUUGUUCCUGUCAAGGGAUAUGGUACAGAUGUCAGAAUAUUUGGACCUAAAACAUCAUCUCCAAAACAUUUAUCUGGAGCAGAUCGUACACCAUUAAAAAGAGAUCCUUUUAAAACUCCUAAAAAGACAUCUUCAAAGACACCUGGAAGAACACCAAUAAAAACUCCUUCUAAGAAACCGUAA